UAUCCAAAGUCCCUCACCAGAGAGAGAGAGAGAGAGAGAGAGAGAUGAACAAAAGAGGAGUAGAUAGCGAAUUGGCAAGCGUAAUUGUAGUGAGCUUGCUGUUAUUAGGAACAUGUAAUGGAAACGUGAUUGACAAGUGCGGAGGGUUAUCUUACAACUACUACGACAAGGCAUGCCCUCAACUUCAACACAUUGUGAGAGCUUCUCUUUCGUCUGCUUUCCUGCUCGAUCCCUCUUCCCCUCCUGCCUUGUUGAGACUCAUGUUCCAUGACUGCCAAGUUCAGGGGUGUGACGCGUCGAUCCUCGUCGACCAGCCGACGGAGAUGGACUCGGCCAAGAACUUCGGGAUCAGGAAGAGGGAGCUGAUCGGCGCUGUCAAAGCGGCUCUCGAGCUGGUGUGCCCGAAGCAAGUGUCUUGUGCCGACGUCAUCAUCUUAGCCGCCAGAGAAGCCGUUGCCCUCUCGGGGGGCCCCCUCAUAGCAGUGCCUCUUGGACGAAAGGAUGCUGUCUCCACUCCCGGCAGCCACGUGGCAGAUGCCCUCCUCCCUCCCGCCACUGCUGACGUCGACUCCGUCCUCCGUCUCUUCGGCGCCAAAGGCAUGACCGUGGAAGAAUCGGUCGCCAUUAUGGGUGCACAUACAUUAGGAGUCACGCAUUGCAAUAACGCAAUGCAGCGUUUCAAUAACACGAGCAAGUCAGCGAAAGACAACAUCGAUCCGCAGUUCGAAAAGCUUAUACGAUUGGCAUGCCCUCAGAGUUUCCCGUUUUCGUCGAAAUACACUUUUAUUCUCAACGACCAGACAUCGACCAUCUUCGACACCAAUUAUUACGAGAACACCAUCGGCGGACGUGGCCCUCUCAGGGUCGAUACUGAGAUGGCGACGGAUCCUCGGACGCAGCCCUUUGUCCGUGCAUUUGCUGCCGAUCCCAAUCUCUUCCUCCGAUCCUUUUCUUCCGCCUUUGUCAAGUUAUCGUGCUCGAAUGUUCUCACCGGGACUAGAGGAAACGUAAGAAGCGUGUGUCACAAAGUCAACUGAAGUAUUAUUAGAUGUUUCUGUGUGUUUAUUCCAAUAU